UCCGGUCACGCAGACUCACCGUUUAUUUACCGGACAACAGUCGCACCAUUGUCAAUCAGCCCUACUUUGAAUCCCUUAACGUAAUAACACAUCUGCUGGUUUGUUAGAUCUUUGACUGGUUUAGCCAGCGCGCUUCACCUCUACACGCGUGAGUCAAUGAUGCGGGAACCGCAGCAAGUCGACUGGAUUGGAUAAAAGAGUCGCGAGUACGUCGGUAAAUCCCCGACCGUUCUGUUUAGCUGUACCGGUCGGGCUGAAACGAAAUUCUUCAUGUAAGCGGCUGCUUAAAGGUUGAAAACAUUUACGCGUUAAGAAGGUUAUUUGGAGGGAUCACUCUACUACCUGGAAGCACUAUGGCCAGGGGAAGCGAAGAAUCUGUGAAUGGAUCGUGGAAAAAGCAAGUGGAUGACAUCAGAAAGAUAUUUGAGUUCAAGGAGAUCCUCGGGACUGGGGCAUUUUCAGAGGUGGUCCUGGCUCAAGAGAAGACCACAGGAGCGAUGUACGCGGUGAAAUGCAUCCCAAAAAAAGCACUGAGAGGAAAAGAGAGCGGAAUAGAAAACGAGAUUGCAGUGCUGAGGAAGAUCAAGCACGAGAACAUAGUGUCUCUGGAAGACAUUUACGAGAGCCCCAGUCAUCUAUAUCUAAUCAUGCAACUUGUGUCAGGUGGUGAAUUGUUUGAUCGAAUCGUGGAGAGAGGCUUUUACACUGAGCAGAACGCAAGCGCGUUAAUAAAACAGGUCCUGGAUGCGGUUAACUACCUGCAUACACUGGGAAUCGUCCACCGAGACCUAAAGCCAGAGAAUCUGCUGUAUUUUAACCCACAUGAAGAGUCCAAGAUCAUGAUAAGUGAUUUUGGGCUUUCCAAGAUGGAGGAUGCGGCCAACGACAUUAUGUCCACAACGUGUGGGACGCCAGGUUAUGUGGCACCAGAGGUGUUAGCACAGAAGCCUUACAGUAAAGCUGUGGACUGCUGGUCUAUUGGAGUUAUUGCUUAUAUCUUGUUGUGUGGUUACCCCCCGUUUUACGAUGAAAAUGACUCUAAACUCUUUGAGCAAAUACUGAUGGCGGAGUACGAGUUUGAUUCUCCGUACUGGGACGAUAUUUCUGAUUCAGCCAAAGACUUCAUCAUUAACCUGAUGCAGAAAGAUCCUGAAAAGAGGCUCACUUGUGAAGAGGCACUUAGGCAUCCCUGGAUAGCAGGUGAUACUGCUCUCUGCAAGAACAUCCAUGAAUCAGUCAGUCGACAGAUGAAGAAAAACUUUGCGAAAGCUAAAUGGAGGCAAGCAUUUAAUGCUACCGCAGUGAUCCGACAUAUGAGGCGUCUUCAGCUUGGCAGCAGUAUAGAUUCCUCUCAGCACAGGAAACAGAAUCAAACGAUGCCAACAAAGAGUCAAUCAAUCGAUGUAUCCUCAGUCAACCGCAGUGACUCCCUUGAGGAGGGUAUUAUCUUUGUCUAGGUUCAGCAAUGCAGCAAGCGUCAAAUUCUUCCUCCAGGACGGGAAUGCCUGAGCGUCGUCCACGGCUAUCCACGGUCACCGCCAUCAUCACUGGCUCCAAAUGACAUCACUUCCAGUCAGAAUGCACACAAUGAAACUAUGGUGGAAAAAGUUUUUAUCUGUAACUUUAAACAUUGUCAGUCAUGCGUUCCAAACCGGUUUUCCUUUUUGGAAAGUCAAAAGCACGAUAUCUGUUCCAAAGGACUGUUUUGAAAACAGCGGCGAAGCAGUGGUUGGCUUUGAUUUGAUUAUGAGGACUGUGUUAUCGUGCAAACUCCUGACAGGAAUGUAUGUGGCAUUUUAACUGAAGAGUUUAUUUAACAUGCUGUUAAGAGUCUUAAAGGGACAGUUCCCCCCCCCAACUAUCCCUUUCAUAGAAACUAAAACAGGAAGAAAGUGAAGGCACAAGCAUUGUGUAGAUUAAAUUAUUUUCAUUCAUAAAACUGUUGCUGUUGUAAUUGUUGCUGCUGUAUUUGAAGCCGCUGCUGUAUUUAACAAACCAAACGAUAAAAGAUCAUUAACAUUAAGAACCGUUCACCCAAAAAUAAAAAUUCUGUCAAAACCUGGAUGCCUUUCUUCCAUGGAGCACAAUAGGUGGAUGUUAGACUGAAUUAAACAACAAAUUGUCAUUUUUGGGGUGAACUAUCACUUUAACAUACUUUGUUUAUAGAAUAAAAUGUAGUAAAUCUACAAGUUUUAAUACUUUAUGGCCAUGUUUAUUGUCAUCCAAUGUACAUAAACUGGAAAUUUGGAUCUGGAUGCGUCUUGCAUAUAUGAACAAGUGAGCAGUAACAGUACUAGCUUGUACCCCCCACCCCCCUGCAAGAUACCACCCUGAGUGACUGCCCAUAUCGCCCAUGCCUAAAUCCGCCACUGCAAGUGAGUGAAGGAUGUGAUUAUUGUAUAAAAAUGAUGUAUAUGUGAAGCUUAAUGGUUUAAUCAACAAUUUGUUAAUAUCUGUAAAGUUAUUUGAAGUGAUUAGUGUGUCAAAUGUUUUUGGAGGUCUGUAUAAAAUGAUCUAUAGUGUUGACAUGCACUUGUGUAUGUUUUGGAUUUACUUUUUAAAUACAAUUCUAAGCUUUGAUUUUGUUUAAUGACUUUUAACACUUUGUGGCAUUUACAGCUUAAUUGUGGUCACACUUUGCAUUGCAGUGUUUAUGUUACAGUGUAAUUACAUAGUGAGUGCUUGAAUGAAAUAUUUUAAUGUGUAAUGUAUGUAACAUGGACACUGUAAUGCAAAAUGUUAUCAUAAUGAGUUUGGAUAGGUUUCGGUGACAGAAUAGCUAUUUUUGAAGGACAUUUGUAUUUGCUUACCUUGUGCUGCUAGUUUCAAGUGAGAAAAUAUUACAAAAAUGUACAGUAUGAAUACAUAAAUCACAGUUUUCAUUUUAGCUGAAGCUGUUUCGAAUAGAUGUGUCUCAUGAAAUAUGACUGUGAGAGUUGCAAACAGCUUCUGCUCUAAAUCUUGCAUGUCAUCGUGGUCUUCACACCAGCCCUCUGAAUUUAGCAGCUAGGUGCUGGAUCUUUCAUUCAGUUCACUGAAAUGAUGGCAGUGUUUAUUAGGUCGAUUUGUUCUAU